AUGAAAGUAAUUCUUUCAUCAGAUGGUGAGAUGAAAGUACCUCUUUCAUCAGAUGGUGAGAUGAAAGUACCUCUUUCAUCAGAUGGUGAGAUGAAAGCAACUCUUUCAUCAGAUGGUGAGAUGAAAGCAACUCUUUCUUCAGAUGGUGAGAUGAAAGUAACUCUUUCAUCAGAUGGUGAGAUGAAAGCAACUCUUUCAUCAGAUGGUGAGAUGAAAGUAACUCUUUCAUCAGAUGGUGAGAUGAAAGUACCUCUUUUAUCAGAUGGUGAGAUCAAAGUAACUCUUUCAUCAGAUGGUGAGAUGAAAGCAACUCUUUCAUCAGAUGGUGAGAUGAAAGUACCUCUUUCAUCAGAUGGUGAGAUGAAAGUAAUUCUUUCAUCAGAUGGUGAGAUGAAAGUACCUCUUUCAUCAGAUGGUGAGAUGAAAGCAACUCUUUCAUCAGAUGGUGAGAUGAAAGUACCUCUUUCAUCAGAUGGUGAUAUGAAAGUAAUUCUUUCAUCAGAUGGUGAGAUGAAAGUACCUCUUUCAUCAGAUGGUGAGAUGAAAGCAACUCUUUCAUCAGAUGGUGAGAUGAAAGCAACUCUUUCUUCAGAUGGUGAGAUGAAAGUAACUCUUUCAUCAGAUGGUGAGAUGAAAGUACCUCUUUCAUCAGAUGGUGAGAUGAAAGUACCUCUUUCAUCAAAUGGUGAGAUGAAAGUACCUCUUUCAUCAGAUGGUGAGAUGAAAGUAACUCUUUCAUCAGAUGGUGAGAUGAAAGCAACUCUUUCAUCAGAUGGUGAGAUGAAAGUACCUCUUUCAUCAGAUGGUGAGAUGAAAGUACCUCUUUCAUCAGAUGGUGAGAUGAAAGUAACUCUUUCAUCAGAUGGUGAGAUGAAAGUAACUUUUUCAUCAGAUGGUGAGAUGAAAGUAGCUCUUUCAUCAGAUGGUGAGAUGAAAGUACCUCUUUCAUCAGAUGCUGAGAUGAAAGUACCUCUUUCAUCAGAUGGUGAGAUGAAAGUAACUCUUUCAUCAAAUGAUGGUGAGAUGAAAGUACCUCUUUCAUCAGAUGGUGAGAUGAAAGUACCUCUUUCAUCAGAUGGUGAGAUGAAAGCAACUCUUUCAUCAGAUGGUGAGAUGAAAGCAACUCUUUCUUCAGAUGGUGAGAUGAAAGUAACUCUUUCAUCAGAUGGUGAGAUGAAAGCAACUCUUUCAUCAGAUGGUGAGAUGAAAGUAACUCUUUCAUCAGAUGGUGAGAUGAAAGUACCUCUUUCAUCAGAUGGUGAGAUGAAAGCAACUCUUUCAUCAGAUGGUGAGAUGAAAGCAACUCUUUCUUCAGAUGGUGAGAUGAAAGUAACUCUUUCAUCAGAUGGUGAGAUGAAAGCAACUCUUUCAUCAGAUGGUGAGAUGAAAGUAACUCUUUCAUCAGAUGGUGAGAUGAAAGUAACUCUUUCAUCAGAUGGUGAGAUGAAAGUAACUUUUUCAUCAGAUGGUGAGAUGAAAGUAGCUCUUUCAUCAGAUGGUGAGAUGAAAGUACCUCUUUCAUCAGAUGCUGAGAUGAAAGUACCUCUUUCAUCAGAUGGUGAGAUGAAAGUAACUCUUUCAUCAAAUGAUGGUGAGAUGAAAGUACCUCUUUCAUCAGAUGGUGAGAUGAAAGUACCUCUUUCAUCAGAUGGUGAGAUGAAAGCAACUCUUUCAUCAGAUGGUGAGAUGAAAGCAACUCUUUCUUCAGAUGGUGAGAUGAAAGUAACUCUUUCAUCAGAUGGUGAGAUGAAAGCAACUCUUUCAUCAGAUGGUGAGAUGAAAGUAACUCUUUCAUCAGAUGGUGAGAUGAAAGUACCUCUUUUAUCAGAUGGUGAGAUCAAAGUAACUCUUUCAUCAGAUGGUGAGAUGAAAGCAACUCUUUCAUCAGAUGGUGAGAUGAAAGUACCUCUUUCAUCAGAUGGUGAGAUGAAAGUAAUUCUUUCAUCAGAUGGUGAGAUGAAAGUACCUCUUUCAUCAGAUGGUGAGAUGAAAGCAACUCUUUCAUCAGAUGGUGAGAUGAAAGUACCUCUUUCAUCAGAUGGUGAUAUGAAAGUAAUUCUUUCAUCAGAUGGUGAGAUGAAAGUACCUCUUUCAUCAGAUGGUGAGAUGAAAGCAACUCUUUCAUCAGAUGGUGAGAUGAAAGCAACUCUUUCUUCAGAUGGUGAGAUGAAAGUAACUCUUUCAUCAGAUGGUGAGAUGAAAGUACCUCUUUCAUCAGAUGGUGAGAUGAAAGUACCUCUUUCAUCAAAUGGUGAGAUGAAAGUACCUCUUUCAUCAGAUGGUGAGAUGAAAGUAACUCUUUCAUCAGAUGGUGAGAUGAAAGCAACUCUUUCAUCAGAUGGUGAGAUGAAAGUACCUCUUUCAUCAGAUGGUGAGAUGAAAGUACCUCUUUCAUCAGAUGGUGAGAUGAAAGUAACUCUUUUAUCAGAUGGUGAGAUGAAAGUACCUCUUUCAUCAGAUGUGAGUUUCCCUGUCAUCGCCAGUGUGGGGCACGGGCUCAUUUUCCUCAUGUACUUUCCCCCCUUCCCCCUCCUCCCUCUGCUGGUCAGGGCCAAGGCUUUCGACCUUGACCUGGUGGGCCUGGUGUCGCCUUCAAGCCCUCAAGGCCCCAUUCUCCCGCUUUCCAUCACCCCGCCCCAUUCUCCCGCUUUCCAUCACCCCUCCCCAUUCUCCCGCUUUCUAUCACCCCGCUCCAUUCUCCCGCUUUCCAUCAACCCGCCCCAUUCUCCCGCUUUUUAUCACCCCGCCCCAUUCUCCCUCUUUCCUUCACCCCGCCCCAUUCUCCCGCUUCCCAUCACCCCGUCCCGUUCUCCCUCUUCCCAUCACCCCGCCCCAUUCUCCCGCUUUCGAUCACCCCACCCCAUUCUCCCGCUUUUUAUCACCCCGCCCCAUUCUCCCGCUUUCCUUCACCCCGCCCCAUUCCCCGGCUUCCCAUCACCCUGCCCCAUUCUCCCUCUUCCCAUCACCCCACCCAUUCUCCCGCUUUCCAUCACCCCGCCCCAUUCUCCCGCUUUCCAUCACCGCGCCCCAUUCUCCCCCAUCACCCCACCCCAUUCUCCUGCUUUCCAUCACCCCGCCCCAUUCUACCUCUUUCCAUCACCCUGCCCCAUUCUCCCGCUUUCCAUCACCCCGCCCCAUUCUCCCGCUUUCCAUCACCCCGCCCCAUUCUCCCUCUUUCCAUCAUCCCGGCCCAUUCUCUCGCUUUCAAUCACCCCGCCCCAUUCUCCCUCUUUCCAACACCCCGCCUUAUUCUCCCUCUUUCCAUCACCCCGCCCCAUUCUCCCGCUUUCCAUCACCCCGCCCCAUUCUCCCGGUUUCUAUCACCCCGCUCCAUUCUCCCGCUUUCCAUCACCUCGCCCCAUUCUCCCGCUUUCCAUUACCCCGCCCUAUUCUCCCGCUUUCCAUCAACCCGCCCAUUCUCCUGCUUUCCAUCACCCCGCCCCAUUCUCCCGCUUCCAUCACCCCGCCCCAUUCUCCCGCUUUCCAUCACCCCGCCCCAUUCUCCCUCUUUCCAUCACCCCGCCCCAUUCUCCCUCUUUCCUUCACCCCGCCCCAUUCUCCCGCUUCCCAUCACCCCGCCCCGUUCUCCCUCUUCCCAUCACCCCGCCCCAUUCUCCCGCUUUCGAUCACCCCGCCCAAUUCUCCCGCUUUCCAUCACCCCGCCCUAUUCUCCCGCUUUCAUUCACCCCGCCCCAUUCCUCCGCUUCCCAUCACCCCGGCCCAUUCGCCCUCUUCCCCUCACCCCGCCUCAUUCUCCCGCUUUCCAUCACCCCGCCCCAUUCUCCUGCUUUCCAUCACCCCGCCCCAUUCUCCCUCUUUCCAUCACCCCACCCCAUUCUCCUGCUUUCCAUCACCCCACCCCAUUCUCCCUCUUUCCAUCACCCCGCCCCAUUCUCCCGCUUUCCAUCACCCCGCCCCAUUCUCCCGCUUUCCAUCACCCCGCCCCAUUCUCCCGCUUUCCAUCACCCCGCCCUAUUCUCCCGCUUUCCAUCACCCCGCCCCAUUCUCCCGCUUUCCAUCACCCCGCCCCAUUCUCCCGCUUUCCAUCACCCCGCCCCAUUCUCCCACUUUCCAUCACCCCGCCCCAUUCUCCUGCUUUCCAUCACCCCGCCCCAUUCUCCCUCUUUCCAUCACCCCACCCCAUUCUCCUGCUUUCCAUCACCCCGCCCCAUUCUCCCUCUUUCCAUCACCCCGCCCCAUUCUCCCGCUUUCCAUCAUCCCGCCCCAUUCUCCCGCUUUCCAUCACCCCGCCCCAUUCUCCCGCUUUCCAUCACCCCGCCCCAUUCUCCUUCUUUCCAUCACCCCGCCCCAUUCUCCCGCUUUCCAUCACCCUGCCCUAUUCUCCCGCUUUCCAUCACCCGGCCCCAUUCUCCCUCCUUCCAUCACCCCGCCCCAUUCUCCCUCCUUCCAUCACCCCGCCCCAUUCUCCCGCUUUCCAUCACCCCGCCCCAUUCUCCCGCUUCCCAUAACCCCACCCCAUUCUCCCGCUUUCCAUCACCCCGCCACAUUCUCCCGCUUUCCAUCACCCCGGCCCAUUCUCCUUCCUUCCAUCACCCCGCCCCAUUCUCCCGCCCCAUUCUCCCGCUUUCCAUCAGCCCGCCCCAUUCUCCCGCUUUCCAUCACCCCGCCCCAUUCUCCCGCUUUCCAUCACCCCGCCCCAUUCUCCCGCUUUCCAUCACCCCGCCCCCUUCUCCCUCCUUCCACCACCCCGCCCCAUUCUCCCUCAUUCCAUCACCUUGCCCCAUUCUCCCGCUUUCCAUCAGCCCGCCCCAUUCUCCCGCUUUCCAUCAACCCGCUCCUUUCUCCCGCUUUCCAUCUCCCCGCCCCAUUCUCCCGCUUUCCAUCACCCAGCCCCAUUCUCCUGCUUUCCAUCACCCCGCCCCAUCUUCGCGCUUUCCAUCACCCUGCCCCAAUCUCCCGCUUUCCAUCACCCUGCCCCAAUCUUCCGCUUUCCAUCACCCCGCCCCAUUCUCCCUCCUUCCAUCACCCCGCCCCAUUCUCCCGCUUUCCAUCACCCCGCCCCAUUCUCCCGCUUUCCAUCACCCCGCCCCAUUUUCCCGCUUUCCACCACCCCGCCCCAUUCUCCCGCUUUCCAUCACCCCGCCCCAUUCUCCCUCCUUCCAUCACCCCGCCCCAUUCUCCCGCUUUCCAUCAUCCCGCCCCAUUCUCCCUCCUUCCAUCACCCCGCCCCAUUCGCCCUCCUUCCAUCACCCCGCCCCAUUCUCCCGCUUUCCAUCACCUCGCCCCAUUCUCCCGCUUUCCAUCACCCCGCCCCAUUCUCCCUCCUUCCAUCACCCCGCCCCAUUCUCCCGCUUUCCAUCAUCCCGCCCCAUUCUCCCUCCUUCCAUCACCCCGCCCCAUUCUCCCUCCUUCCAUCACCCCGCCCCAUUCUCCCGCUUUCCAUCACCCCGCCCCAUUCUCCCGCUUCCCAUAACCCCACCCCACUCUCCCGCUUUCCAUCACCCCGCCACAUUCUCCGGCUUUCCAUCACCCCGUCCCAUUCUCCUUCCUUCCAUCACCCCGCCCCAUUCUCCCUCCUUCCAUCACCCCGCCCCAUUCUCCCGCUUUCCAUCAGCCCGCCCCAUUCUCCCACUUUCCAUCACCCCGCCCCAUUCUCCCGCUUUCCAUCACCCCGCCCCAUUCUCCUGCUUUCCAUCACCCCGCCCCAUUCUCCCGCUUUCCAUCACCCCGCCCCCUUCUCCCUCCUUCCAACACCCCGCUCCAUUCUCCCUCCUUCCAUCACCCCGCCCCAUUCUCCCGCUUUCCAUCACCCCGCCCCAUUCUCCCGCUUUCCAUCACCCCGCCCCCUUCUCCCUCCUUCCAUCACCCCACCCCAUUCUCCCUCCUUCCAUCACCCCGCCCCAUUCUCCCGCUUUCCAUCAUCCCGCCCCAUUCUCCCGCUUUCCGUCACCCCGCCCCAUUUUCCCGCUUUCCAUCACCCUGCCCCAAUCUCCCGCUUUCCAUCACCCUGCCCCAGUCUUCCGCUUUCCAUCACCCCGCCCCAUUCUCCCUCCUUCCAUCACCCCGCCCCAUUCUCCCGCUUUCCAUCACCUCGCCCCAUUCUCCCGCUUUCCAUCACCCCGCCCCAUUCUCCCGCUUUCCAUCACCCGGCCCCAUUCUCCCGCUUUCCAUCACCCCGCCCCAUUCUCCCUCCUUCCAUCACCCCGCCCCAUUCUCCCGCUUUCCAUCACCCCGCCCCAUUCUCCAGCUUCCCAUAACCCCACCCCAUUCUCCCGCUUUCCAUCACCCCGCCACAUUCUCCGGCUUUCCAUCACCCCGUCCCAUUCUCCUUCCUUCCAUCACCCCGCCCCAUUCUCCCUCCUUCCAUCACCCCGCCCCAUUCUCCCGCUUUCCAUCACCCCGCCCCCUUCUCCCUCCUUCCAUCACCCCACCCCAUUCUUCCUCCUUCCAUCACCCCGCCCCAUUCUCCCGCUUUCCAUCAUCCCGCCCCAUUCUCCCGCUUUCCAUCACCCCGCCCCAUUUUCCUGCUUUCCAUCAUCCUGCCCCAAUCUCCCGCUUUCCAUCACCCUGCCCCAAUCUUCCGCUUUCCAUCACCCCGCCCCAUUCUCCCUCCUUCCAUCACCCCGCCCCAUUCUCCCGCUUUCCAUCACCCCGCCCCAUUCUCCCGCUUUCCAUCACCCCGCCCCAUUCUCCCGCUUUCCAUCACCCCGCCCCAUUCUCCCGCUUUCCAUCACCCCGCCCCAUUCUCCCUCCUUCCAUCACCCCGCCCCAUUCUCCCGCUUUCCAUCACCCCGCCCCAUUCUCCAGCUUCCCUUAACCCCACCCCAUUCUCCCGCUUUCCAUCACCCCGCCACAUUCUCCGGCUUUCCAUCACCCCGUCCCAUUCUCCUUCCUUCCAUCACCCCGCCCCAUUCUCCCUCCUUCCAUCACCCCGCCCCAUUCUCCCGCUUUCCAUCACCCCGCCCCAUUCUCCCGCUUUCCAUCACCCCGCCCCAUUCUCCCGCUUUCCAUCACCCCGCCCCCUUCUCCCUCCUUCCAUCACCCCGCCCCAUUCUCCCUCCUUCCAUCACCCCGCCCCAUUCUCCCGCUUUCCAUCACCCCGCCCCAUUCUCCCGCUUUCCAUCACCCCGCCCCAUUCUCCCGCUUUCCAUCACCCUGCCCCAUUCUCCCGCUUUCCAUCAGCCCGCCCCAUUCUCCCUCCUUCCAUCACCCCGCCCCAUUCUCCCGCUUUCCAUCACCCCGCCCCAUUCUCCCGCUUCCCAUAACCCCACCCCAUUCUCCCGCUUUCCAUCACCCCGCCACAUUCUCCGGCUUUCCAUCACCCGGUCCCAUUCUCCUUCCUUCCAUCACCCCGCCCCAUUCUCCCUCCUUCCAUCGCCCCGCCCCAUUCUCCCGCUUUCCAUCAGCCCGCCCCAUUCUCCCACUUUCCAUCACCCCGCCCCAUUCACCCGCUUUCCAUCACCCCGCCCCAUUCUCCCGCUUUCCAUCACCCCGCCCCAUUCUCCCGCUUUCCAUCACCCCGCCCCCUUCUCCCUCCUUCCAUCACCCCGCCCCAUUCUCCCUCCUUCCAUCACCCCGCCCCAUUCUCCCGCUUUCCGUCAGCCCGCCCUUUCUCCCGCUUUCCAUCACCCCUCCCCUUUCUCCCGCUUUCCAUCACCUCGCCCCAUUCUCCCGCUUUCCAUCACCCCGCCCCAUUCUCCCGCUUUCCAUCACCCCGCCCCAUUCUUCCGCUUCCCAUUAUCCCGCCCCAUUCCCCCGCUUUCCAUCACCCCUCCCUAUUCUCCCUCCUUCCAUCACCCUGCCCUAUUCUCUCGCUUUCCAUCACCCCGCCCCAUUCUCCCGCUUUCCAUCAUGCCGCCCCUUUCUCCCGCUUUCCAUCACCCCGCCCCAUUCUCCCUCCUUCCAUCACCCCGCCCCAUUCUCCCGCUUUCCAUCACCCCGCCCCAUUCUCCUUUCUUCCAUCACCCCGCCCCAUUCUCCCUCAUUCCAUUACCCCGCCCCAUUUUCCCGCUUUCCAUCACCCCGCCCCAUUCUCCCGCUUCCCAUAACCCCGCCCCAUUCUCCCGCUUUCCAUCACCCCGCCCCCUUCUCUCUCCUUCCAUCACCCCGCCCCAUUCUCCUUCCUUCCAUCACCCCGCCCCAUUCUCCCGCUUUCCAUCAGCCCGCCCCAUUCUCCCGCUUUCCAUCACCCCGCCCCUUUCUCCCGCUUUCCAUCUCCCCGCCCCAUUCUCCCGCUUUCCAUCACCCCGCCCCAUUCUCCCGCUUUCCAUCACCCCGCCCCAUUCUUCCGCUUCCCAUCAUCCCGCCCCAUUCCACCGCUUUCCAUCACCCCUCCCCAUUCUCCCUCCUUCCAUCACCCCGCCCCAUUCUUCCGCUUUCCAUCACCCCGCCCCAUUCUCCCGCUUUCCAUCACCUCGCCCCAUUCUUCCGCUUUCCAUCACCCCGCCCCAUUCUUUUGCUUUCCAUCACCCCGCCCCAUUCUCCCGCAUUCCAUAG